ACUCUCUCUCUCUGUGGAGCUGGCUUACUACCAAAAAGAAUUCAUUUCCAUUUAACAAUUCCACUUUUUGAGGAGUCCUUUUCCUGAUACGGAUCUUGAAUUGCGUGCGAAUCAGCUAUCAAAGGAAAUAGGUCAGAUAAGACUUGUUGCUGCUGUAAGCAACUGUAACAAGAUGAAUUCGAACGAUCCUGGAUAUCGAUCAUAAGUACUGAAUGUGUAAUACUACAUCCUUAGUCAAAAAGGUAAGACUUACAAGAUACUCAACAUGGAAUUUAGCUAUGGAGUAUCCUCCUUGCUGUGUCUUGUUCUCAUAGCAUGUGUCACCUUCAUGACUUGGCAGGUUUUCUCCAAGUCAUCACGACCCCCAUUCCCACCAAGUCCUCCAGGAGAACCAAUUCUGGGACACAUACGAUUAGUGCCCACGGACGAUCCUCAUCUUUAUUAUCAAAAAUUGUCACAAGAAUACAGUAUGUACAAAUGGACCUUCAAAAACCCCCUCGGUAUGCUUAGAUGCGCCCUUAGAUUCAGAUAUAUUGUUUUUCAAACAGUUCCUUACUCCGGUUUUGGUUUUGAAUACUGUUAAAGCUGCAGAGGAGCUUCUAUCCAGGAAUGGAGCUAAUUACUGCGAUCGACCUCGGUUUGUUUUAUUUGAGGCGUAAGUUAGAUGCAGCGUCCUGGCCUUGCAUAGCUGAUGUAAACAGUAUGGGAUGGGGUCGGACAUUGACAUUUCUUCCGUGGGGACCACGUUUCAAAGCACAUAGAACUCACUUACAGACAGCGUUUACGAAGAUUAGUGUGGUUCAAUACCGUGGUAUACAAGAGCAAGAAGCACGCCAGGCUCUUCACACAAUUACUCAACGACCUAAAGACUGGGAAGUUGCCUUGAGCAGGUAGGUACCUCAAUGAGACUCUUCUUACCCCCUUAGACAACCAUGCUUACCUUGGUGUAGGUUUGCCACUGCUAUUGUGUUGAGAGUAGCAUUUGGUAUUACUUUAGAAAACGAUGACGAUGAAUACAUCAAGAUUGCUGCGGAUGCAAUCAAUGCCACAGGAAAUGGUGGGUCUCCAGGAGCAACUGUUGUCGAUUAUUUUCCCUUUCUAAGCAAUGUUCCUUACUGGCUUGUUCCCUCACAAGCCAUAAAACAUGCGAACAGAUGGGGUCCCGCGAUCCAACGUCUUCACGACGCGCCAUUUUCUGCCGCACUGAAGGAUUUCGUACGUCAUUAUGCGCCCCCUCACAUCAUCGUUUAGUCCUGACCUAUCACAGAAUGACGGUGUAGCUCAAAAGUCUUCAUACGUAUAUCCUCUGCUUGAAAAAAAUUUAGAAAAUGAUUCUCAGGGUCUACCAAACGAUUUCACCUUGAGAGAUAUCAAUGGCUCGGCCGCCGCAAUAUUCAUUGCAGGAUCAGACACUACCUUCGCAACAACGUUGGUGGGUAUACUGAAUUUAUUACUCCACCCUAUCAUAUUUCACAAAGCACGAAAUUUGCUUGAUGAGAGUAUUGGGACAGAUCAACUUCCUACAUUAAAAGAUAGAGACAACCCAAAACUCUUGUAUCUAGAGUAUAUCAUUCAAGAAAUAAUUAGAUGGAGGCCUCUAUCUCCUCUUGGAGUUCCCCACAAAUCACUUAACGACGAUGUCUACAACCAGAUGUUUAUUCCUCGAGGUACAAGUGUCUAUUUCAACACAUGGGCGAUGAGCCGCGAUGAAGCGAUUUACAAAGAUCCUGAUCUAUUUAAUCCGGAUCGAUACAUUCCGGUCGAAGAAGGUGGCGCUGGAGAGCCAUAUCUCAAAGGACCUUUCGGUUUUGGUCGUCGAAUAUGUGUCGGUCGUCAUUUAGCAUUGGCAAGUGUCUGGAUUGUUUUGGCUACUUUGAUCUCUACAGUCAAUGUCUCAAAGGCUACUGACUCAGAUGGAAAAGAAAUUGAACCAGUUGUUGGAUUUACAACGGGUCUUUCAAGGUUUGAAUGACAUCUUAAAUGGCCUGUGUACUUUAGAGGCUGAUCAUGGAUUGUUAUAGUCACCCUCUUCACUUUGAUUGCGGAUUCAAAUCUCGUUCACCGAAGGCAGAAUCUUUACUAGAGUCGUCGCUAUCAAAGGAGGAUGCAAAUACGGCUUGAUGGGCUACCAAUCAUUUUCAUGCUGAGGUGUGGAAAUAGUGCACCAGGUCAUAUUUGGCUUUUUUGUGUUCAAAAACUUUCAUACCACCUUUCCACAUUUCAUUUUCUAAACAAGAGUAUGCAACAUUGACGGACUGUGCGGCUUCCUUAUGUGAAAUGAAAUUCCGGUACUGGUUUCAUAGCAAACGUCUUCUUUAACGGCCAGUCUAUCCAUCUCCUGGGCUACUGCCUCCCACCCUGUGACACACAAGAGCGAAAAUGAACUUCCGAUAAUCAACUUUCACUGUGCUGGACUUUGACUAUCGCGGAGGCAUUAGUGUCAAUCGGAAAGUGCUACUUCAUCACUUUCUUGAAGAAAUCAGAGUAUGUAAAGGGUGUAGCUACAUGGAUUAUAUACCUAGCUCUAGAAUCCGGCUACAGUCAUAUCAGCAAUGUUGUAAAUGUCCAUCACCUCAGAAGAUUUGAGGCAUUCACAUAUCUGCAAUGGAACUCAGGACAUGGAUGCUUUGACCGGAAAACUGCACACCACCAUCCCAAUUGAUUGGAGAGCCACGCAUGUGAAAAUUCUUCUUUCUCCCGAUAUACAUGGGACUGGAUUCCUCGGUAUCAUUGGUCCAGCUCCGGGUGUGGCUAAGAUGAGGGACAGUUGCUGUCGAUGUAUCAUCUUUCUUGGUACCUGAAGGAUGAAAUGGUUCAGAGAAAACAUGUUAUCCUAUGCAGGAUAACCAAUUGUUUGGUUUGGUUUGGUUUGUUUCCGGUGAUAGUGUGCCGGAAAAGUAUAUCUUUUCGGCUACCCAUCAAAAUAAUCUCACUUCUGCAGUAAUCUGACAGCUCAAAUCGCUACUAGGCUUUCAUUGGGCAUCUAUCACAACGCUUCAAUCAUGGAAAGACAGGCAUCAAAUAUUGAUAUGAAAUGACUCCUUUCCUGUCAUCGGUAAAUGAACAACAUGUGAAAUAUACACUCAACUUCUGUUAUAUGAUUUAAGUGUGGUAAUACCACGUGAUCGUUCAUGUGAAAGGCCUCACUUCCGGGGUGAGGUUCAUACCUUCCUAUUUUGGAUUCCGGCUAAUGUCCAGAUGAUAGUUCGGUAUUAUGACAAAAUCAGAGUUGAAAAAGACCUCUCCUCUUACUUCUUUCGUACCACUCUCAUUUUUCCUCUCGGCGCGCCAAGUAAUGUCGCUUAGUGUCGUUUCUCCUAGUUGAAGCUUUCCAAGACGAAUAACAUUGUCUCCACGAUCAAUCACCGGUGACACGACAUUAAACUCAUCUCUUCUGUCAGGUUGUGUCCAACUGCCAUACUCCGGACCCCAAUUCUGGGGUCUGUAUCUUGCCUCUGCUAUGCUUAUCUCGAUAUGUUUUCUGCCAAGCUAGAUUUCGCCAAGAUGAUUGGAAAAAGAUGGUGUGCGGGAAAAAGUAUUGUAGAACCAUAGCAAGGGGUUGGUAUAGGUGAUCUUUUUGUGGCAGGAGAUAAGCCUUUUCAACCAUGCUGUCGAAUAUAUCGGCAUUAAAGACUUCACCCACAAUAAUUCAAAGUCAUCGCCAAGAUGAUUUCAUCAUCACGGGAUUCUUUCGAGAAUUGAAAUCCGGCAAGCUUCAAUAGUUGAUUUUUCUCAAAAAGGGAGGUUGUUAUGAU